AUGGAACGGAAGGCAGACGUAGUAUCUUCCUCGGUAAGUCUAAUAAAGACUAUUAUUGGAGCAGGAAUGCUCUCUAUGCCUUUGGCUUAUUCAACGGAUGGCUUAAUAGUAGGGACUCUUAUUAUUCUUUUAGCGGCUGCCACAUCAGGAUUUGGUUUAUUUAUUCAAGCAUAUGUCAGUAGAUAUGUUCCCGUGGGUCAUGCUACUUUCUUUAAUGUAUGCUCUAUUUCAUACCCGUCUUUGAACGUCCUUUUUGAUAUUGCCAUAGCUAUUCAAUGCUUUGGAUGUGCAAUUAGUUACUUGGUUUUGGUUGGCGAUUUGAUGCCUACAAUCAUUCCACAUCUCCCGUUUGUUACUGAUGAACAUUUGAGAACUUUCUUCGUUGCCCUUACAUCUGUUGUUUUGGUGCCACUUCUGUUCUUAAAGAAUUUGGAUAGUUUGAAAUAUACUUCAAUAUUGGGCUUAUUUGCAAUUUUUUACAUGGUCCUGUUGGUUAUUAUAAACUAUUUACUAGGAGUGGUUCCAAUUGAACAACGAGGUGAAGUAGAGUUGUUUCCUCCAAACUUUAGUGGAGUCUUUAGUACAUUUUCAAUUAUCGUAUUUGCUUUCACUGGCCAUCAAAACAUGUUUUCCAUAAUAAACGAAGCUAAGGAUAACUCCUUACCAAGCUUGACCGUAUUGAUUAAUGGUGCAGUUAUCAUCUCAUCCGGUAUCUUCAUUGUAUUUGGCUUAUGUGGCUAUUUAACUUUUGGGGACAAUGUUAGUGGCAAUGUUAUUUUACAUUAUGCUCCAGGAUUGUCAACUACAUUUGGGAGAUUCUGUAUUGUAUUUAUGGUGCUAUUCAGUUUCCCUUUGAUGUUACAUCCUGCUAGAAUCUCGGUUAACAAUGUUUAUCAUUGGUUCAAGCAUUGUAACGAUAAGAAAUCAUCAUUGUCGUCUGUUACAGAGGAAACAAGGCUUUUGAAUGACGAACAAAUUCUUAGUGAAACUGAAAGUCAAUUAGAAGUUGGCUUGGAGUUGGCACUAGUACAAUCUAAGAUUCCUGGUCACGAGGCUUGCAUUGUCCCCUUGCCACAAAAGAGGUUUGUAAUUAUUACCAUUGGUCUCUUGGUUGCAGGGUAUGCAUUAGCAUUAUCUCUUCUGUCGUUUGCACUUGUGUUAGCUGUUGUUGGAGCAACAGGUUCCACUGCCAUUUCAUUUAUUUUACCAGGAUUAUUUGGUUACAAAUUAAUUGGUGCUGAAACCUCACAACCAACACAUGGACAACGGCUUUUACAAAGUUUAUCGUUCCUAUUGGUUAUUUGGGGAUUUGCGGUGAUGUUUGUAUGCUUGUAUGUCAUAUUGGUGAUGGAUAAGUAUUAA